AUGUGCGGGAUCCUUCAAGCCCCUACCUCCGACCCCACCUCCUCUCCUCCUCAACCAAUCCCAACGAUCGCCCCUCGACCAUGCUCUCCUCAGAAUUGGACCAUAGCCUGUCAUCACUUCCCUGUCGUCGACAAGCUCCUUGCGGUCUACACUCAUCGGCCCAAGGACGACAUACCCUUCCGUAUCGUAGACGAUACCUUUUUCAAACCCCUUGCCAGUACCGACUUUGCCCAAGCAUAUCAACUCCUCGGCCUGGACGACGACUCUUUACUGUAUACCGACCUUGUACACCUGGUGGAGCAUACCUUUACCGCUUUUAAGCCGUUUCAUCAACUGCUGAUGCAGCCGCCCAAGUUACGCUCCGUUAUUCCAUUACCCGCUCCCGAGCUCUCGGCCUUUGUUCAGUGCUCCACAACCAAGUCCCGUUUUUGGCAAUGGGCGCUUUGUCAGCCCUCCUACGCCCUCGCCUGGACAGUCGGACUCGUCCGCUCGUGGACCGCCGGAAUAGAUGAGCACAUUCCCAAGUGGUCUCCGGAUCGCGCGGAAGACUGGCUUCGGAACCACGUCCAGCCCGCCCAACGCCGCCUCGCGAACGUCCUCGCCGGCAUCGCCCCAAUCCUUAAUGCUGAUCCCGACCUGCUUACACAUCGCUCUGUUGAGAUGCUCCUUACACACCUACGCUAUAUCGAAUUGCGCCUGAUCCUCGACUCCGCUACUCUCUCCGUCUAUCACGCCGACUUGUAUGCCUACAGCAACUUCCUCAAUCACCUCCGCCAUCGUUCCCUUUCCGAAGUCAUCUCUCGCGUCUCCAUCGCCGGCGACCUUCUCUCAACGCAGUCCGAAACCUCCUUUCUGUACUGGCUCGCCACGACCUGGUGCAACCGCAUCAACACUCACUUCCACACCUUCAACCGCCAUCUCUCCCCCAGCGUGCGCCGACUCGCCGUCCGCCGCUACCAGCUCGCAACCUGGGAUCACUGCGCCCCGGACCUCCACCCUCGACGAUGCCCCUCCUCGCCCGACACCACCAUCGCCGACAACAACCAUUGCAUCCCCGUCAUCACCACCACCACCACCACGGACGACUGCAUCCCCGACACCGACCCCUUUCGCACCCAAUGGUACACCACCGAUUCAUGGAUGCCCCAGCCCGCGGAAAUGAUCCAGAAGACGGACCUACUGUAUUUCCCGGGGGUGUUGGACCCGGCCCACUUCACUUGGGCAGAGAGGAACGAGCGGGCAUCGUCGUCGUCGUCGACGACGACCGGGAAAUUGGCGGGCCCGGCCUUCCCCGCGGAGUGGGCGGGCCAGCAAUGUGUGGAAUUUCGCGGGCCGGAGAAGUCCAAAGGGGGACGCUUCGUGGGGUUCGGGAUGGAAGAUGUGGUGUUGUCGGCAGCGGCACAGGAUGCUGACGGUGACGAGGAAGGGAACACCGGUGAGGUGGAGGAAGAGUCCAUCGUCGAUGAAGAGCAACGGGAGUGGGAGGCCGACCGGACGAUUAUCUGGUGCGACGACUUCGAUCGAGAGAAGGAGAGAGGGGUUGGAUGGACGUGGUCGGCGCGGGGAGGAGGAGGAGAAGGAUCAGGAGGAGGAGGAGGAGGAGGCGGACUGAAUCAGGGAAGCCUAGUCCAGCAAGCAAAAGGGGGAAAAGUCUGA